GAUUUCCGAGGGUGCCCCACAAGAGCUCACCUUCCUGCCCCCGAGGAAUUAAAUUCAUUUUCUCAAUUGAGCAAACCUUCCAAAGGUUUCCCUUCGUCAUCGGCACCGUUCAAUUCAUCCCGCUCCCUCACUUCAACAGGAGGUCCGACGACACCACAGCAACUCGUUGCGAAAGCAAUCAGUUAGCUUCCUUCUUAUCGUACCGACUUUUCAUUCCUAUUAAGCUUCUAAAUGGAUAGUAUGGUCUUUUGAACGGUAUUCAUGGCUACUUAUUAAGCGAACGAAUUUGGUGGUAGUACGACAUUUUUUUUUUGAUUGCUCGGCCGAGGUAUCGCGGAAAUAAUUACCAUCUACACAAGUACCUAUCUUCAUCCUUAAUAGAAACUCUGAAACUGUCUUUACCUAUCGAUUGUGUACGUCCGAAUAACCUUCAAAACAUAUCGCAUAGUAGCCUCUUUCUAUCCAUCCGUUUCCCUAUCAAGAUCUAGGACGACCAUGAGGAACGACGGUAUUCUUCGCGUUCGCACGGCUGUUCUUGGUCUAUCUAGGGCCAUAUUCCUUUCCCUCGGCGCAGCAUUCGCUGCUCCCACAGGCGUUUACACAACUCGCGACAAUGCUCCCGAAGAAGCUGAAGGAAGUGCCCUCUGGGUACUCUACGUGGUAUCCAUUGUCCUCGUACUCCUAGGAGGUGCCUUCGCCGGUUUGACAAUAGCUCUUAUGGGCCAAGACGAAAUAUAUCUACAAGUCAUAUCCCUCGACAUCGAAGAACCGCAAAGAAAGAACGCUAAGCGUGUCUACGAUCUCCUUAAGAAGGGUAAACAUUGGGUGUUGGUAACAUUGCUAUUGUCCAACGUUAUCGUCAACGAAACCCUUCCUGUAGUGCUAGACAGAUGUUUUGGCGGUGGCAUUGCUGCCGUGGUCGGAAGUACCGUUCUUAUUGUCAUCUUUGGUGAGAUAUUGCCGCAAUCCGUAUGCGUUCGUUAUGGCCUCCAAAUCGGUGGAUAUAUGUCCAAGCCUGUUCUACUUAUGAUGUACCUACUCGCACCCGUCGCAUGGCCCACCGCGAAGCUUCUCGAUUGGUUACUAGGCGAGGAUCACGGAACUGUAUACAAGAAGAGCGGGUUGAAGACUCUAGUCACACUCCACAAAUCGCUAGGUGAGGUUGAUGAACGUCUAAACCAGGAUGAGGUAACAAUCAUCAGCGCUGUUCUGGAUUUGAAACGCAAGGCGGUUGAGGCGGUCAUGACCCCCAUGGAGGAUGUCUUUGUCAUGGCGGAGGAUACCGUACUAGAUGAGGAGACUAUCGAUCGAAUCCUCGAUGCCGGUUAUUCUCGCAUUCCGAUCCAUCAAACCGGAAACCCGACAAACUUUGUUGGUAUGCUUUUGGUCAAGAUUCUCAUCACGUACGAUCCCGAAGAUGGUAAAAGAGUUAGAGACUUUGCCCUCGCCGCCCUUCCGGAGACCCGACCGGAAACCAGCUGUCUCGACAUAAUCAACUUCUUCCAGGAAGGAAAAUCUCACAUGGUACUCAUUUCAGAAUCCCCUGGCGACGAUCAUGGCGCUUUAGGUGUCGUUACCCUCGAAGAUGUGAUCGAGGAACUCAUCGGAGAAGAGAUUAUCGACGAGUCCGAUGUCUAUGUUGAUGUUCACAAAGCCAUUCGUAGAUCUCAUCCAGCGCCUAAGGCGCGCGCUUUACGAAAAGAGCUCAUGGCUAGGGACCUGGAAGCCAAGAAUGCGGCAUUGAUCGACAUAGACGAAGAAAAUGGUCAUCUAUCUCAAUCUAAAAGAGACAGAUCCGUCGGUAGUAGGACAGACGCAUCUGGUUUAGGUUCUAGCCCAAAAGUCACGACAUUAUUGAUGCGAAGACGCUCGGCAGGCCAAGAUGGUCAAUUGGUACAGACCACGAUACCAAUUAAGGCCAACUUGGAAGAAAUGAGGGAUCACUUCAAACACCUUGGCCCGUCUAAUCCCGCUUCUAAUCCGAAAAGCACACGAGUCGCCGCGGUUAAAAUUAAACCUGCAGCGACUUCAGCUUCGAGCACUCGGCAACGAUCUAAUUCAGUUACGACAGGCGAGAAUGGGGACGAUCUUAUAGCAAUUGUCGAUGAACGUACAAGUCUCCUCGGGCCUCAACUCAACGCCAAAGACGGCAUCCAAGCCCUUCAACAAAGUUACACGGAGCCUUCUUCCAAUGGUCCUUCCGAUAUCGUAACUAGCUUUGAAGGCGAGACUUCAGAUCAAGCGACUAAAGGUACGCAGACCAAGCUUAGCGCCGUGGUUGAAGAUGACACAUCCCCGACGCAAGAUUCUGCGACAGGGAGUGUAGAGAGCAUUCAUGAUGCUAUUGGGCGACGAAGAGGUCACGUACGCAGCGGUAGUAUCACUGAAAAUAUUGUCGAAUCCGGCGGCAUUCGUAAAGUCAUCCUCGAAGCAUCUAGUAGUGUAUCCGAGGGUGAAAGAGAAGAGCAGGAAGAAUCCACUGUUAGCGCACCAUCCGACGCGGACGGUACGUCUUCAACAACACCUACAGGUAACAAAAAGAAAAAGAAGAACCGUCGCAAAAACAGAAGUGGGGGGAAGUAAAAGGUAUUGGUCAUAUCAGCAUAACCAGAAUAUAACGGAAUUAGUCCGAUGUUACACCACGAGUACUCGGGUAUGCAGCUUCGUAUGAUUGUAUGCAUGAGUACUCAAACAAGGAGGCAGUUUACUCUUAGAGUAUAAGCAUACACGUAUGGUCUCAGGACCCAAGGCGGCUGGAACUUAUGGGAUAUUCGCAUAAUAUGUCUGCCGGGCGUUGUAAGAUUAAGUGAAUCGUUGCUGGGAACCCCAAGUGUGUAACAAUAUAAUGAUAUCAAGCGAUGAACCAUUGGUGAAUACUGUGAGCCGGUCCUUCAUGAUACGUAUAGUUAGUAUUUCGUGCCAAUUGUCCAUCAUGAGAGCUCGAAAUAGCUUGCUGGAAACUUGAUAUGAAACCGAUUCGGAGCCGGUAGCCGGCGCGCUCUGCAGUAACCAAUCCCCGCUGAUAACACCCAUGUACGAGUUUCCCUC